UCGGCAGUGCCCUGCCUCAGUGACCUUGGCUGGGACUUACCUUUCCAGACCCUGUCUUCUCUUCUGUAGGAUGGGGAUUCAUGCCCUUGUUCAUUCCACAGGUGAAAUUGGGGAGAGCCUCUUUUAUGCCAGGCAGUAGGAAGACAAAGGCCAAAGUGGGCAUGAGAUGGGCGUGUUUGAGGCCCGGCAAGGGGGCGCCAUGGAGCAGCAGUGAGGGUGGGGGUCCCAGGGGCCAUUCUGAGUCAGGGUGAACCAGGGCCAGGCGGUGAGGUUCUUAGCGUCGUUGAUUUUAUUUAAUAGCGGUGGUGGACGACAGGAUCUGAUUCAGGUUUUAAAAGAGAACCCUCUGAGAUGACCCCCUCUCAGGGUGGAGCAGAGCUCCCCACCCCUUCCGUGGGCCGCACAAUGACUUGCUUCCUGAAAGUGCCCUGUGGACAGGGCGUGGGGUACCUGACGCGCAGCGCCUCAGCCAGGUGAGGAAGCCCCACUGCAGUGACUGGCACGGGGCUAGCAUGUGCACUGGGUGUAAGGGAAGGAGCAGACCACUGAGCUUCAGAGGCCCCCCCGCUGUGAACCUGAAACCCCAGUCCAACCACAAGAAGACCAUCAAACCCAAAGAGAAAGGCGUUCCGCAGAAUACCUGGCAAACACUUCUCAAAACCGCCAAGCUCAUCAAAAAAAAGGGAAGGUUGGGAAAUUGGAAGAGCCCAGAGGCACCUAAGACGACCAGCUCAGUGCAUGUGGGGUCCUGGGUGGAAUCCUGGACCAGCAAAAGGGCAUUAGGGGAAAGUUAGGAAAUCCAGAUCAAUCAUGGUGUUUACUUAAUAAUAAGAUAUCAGUAUUGGUCCAUUAGUUAUGAGAAAGGUACCCUACUAGUGUAAACUAUUAACAUUUCCCAGGGGAAACUGGGUCCAGGUAUAUGGGAACUCCUUGUGUGGUUUUUUUUUUUUCUUUGAGACAGGGUUUGGCUCUGUUGCUCAGGGUGGAGUGCAGUGGUGCAAUUGCAGCUCACGGUAACCUCCAACUCCUGGGCUCCGGCAAUCCUCCCACCUCAGCCUCUGUACUGUCUUUGCAAAUUUUUAUGUAACUAUCAACUGUUGUAAAAUUAAAACUUUACUGAAUAUAUGCAUAAAAUAAGGAACCCCCUGACUUCAGUGGGGAGAGCAGACUGAGAGGGACAAGAGUGAAGUCACAGAGACUCGUGGGGGCCCCACAGUGGUGCAGGUGGGCGCUGUGAGCGGCCUGUUGGUAGCAGUGGAGAUGGAGAAAGAUGAGUCGAUUUCAGUGUCAGGACAUGCUUAUAGCUGGCGAGGAGGUGAGGGAACGGGAGGAAGCCUGAAUGAUGUGUGGAUGGAACCAGUGGAUUUUUUCCAAUAGAUUUUUCUUUUUGGGGAAAGAUAAAUGAAGGGCACAUUUGAGGUGUGUGGCCAAGGGUUCUUUUUUGGCUGGAAUAUCACUGAGCCCCCUGGGAUGUUACUGAGCUCACUGGUCCUCAUGGAAAUGCCAUUCCAGGGACAGGUGAGUGUGAAGACCCAGGCGAGGGAAGUGCUGGCAUGUAAGUGGAUUUAAAGCAUGGGGUGGGACCAGAUCAUCUAGGGAAGGAGGUAGUGAUGGAGAAGAAAGAGGGCCUGGCCCAGAGCAGUGGGACCUCCAACAUCCAGAGACCUCACAAGGAGGGGCCACAGCGAGCCCACAGAGACCAGCCAGGGAGGGAGCAGGACACCUGGAGGACGAGGUGACCAAGACACCAGAGUCAAGUGUUUCCAGAUGCAAGGGUUUGUCGUUUGUGUCCAGCUGUGGGCACUGAAGGCAAGAACAGAGAAGUGACCGAGGGUUUUGCCAUCACAGAGGUUGCUGAUGGCCCAAAUCUCCGUGGAGUGUGGGUCUGACUGGGGAGGUGGAGGGAGACAGGCAGUGGAGGCAGGAGACAGCUCUUUCCAGAACCUUUGCUGGGGAAGGGGAGCAGAGACAUGGGCUGGGGCUGGAGAGAACCCGGGACAAGGCAGGUCCUUUACAGGUGAGGAGACGCCUGCACCCUGCUGUGGUGAUGGAGUGAUUCUGUGCAGAGGGAAGAAAACUGCAAAAUUCCGCACAAGUUGGAGCAGGGAGCUGGAGUGGGGGAGGUGGAGAGGGCAGGGAGAUGCAGAGGACAAGGCUGGAGACUCUUCAGAGCGGGGACCCUUCCUGAUGAAGGUGAGGGAUAGUGUCCCCACUCUCACAGUGAGGGGUGAACCUGAGCUCUGGGGGACUGUAGUGGGGGGGGCACUCACUCUCCGUGUUGUCACAGGAUUAAAGGAGGGUGCUUGGCACAGAGUGAUGCCCAGUGAGGGUGGUCAUGACUGUCGGUGUCACCCAGCAGCGCCUGCUCAUUAGAUAUUUGCUGUCUCUAAUGAGCUGGGGAAGCUGGGGGAAGCUUGGGCGGGGCGGUUGGAGUUUGUGCCUGAGGCUCCACUGGGGCAGAAGGGGAUCAGGCCGGUGCCCUCCACGUGGAGCCUGACCUCAACUCUGUCCUGCGCCCUGGGCCUGUGCGCUGGACACGGAGAACUGACACGGGGGCCCCCAGCCCAGGGCGGAGCGGGGGAGCGGCCCCCUCCCUGUGGUGGGUCGCGGGCCUGGCCUAGAGCCUGCGCCUGGCGGGGGAGACCUGCUGGGCGGGAGUGCGUCAGGGCGCUGGCGUCCUCUCUGCUCUGUGACGCGGGACCCCGGGGCGCACGCGGGGCGCACACCGCCUCUCCUGGCCUCUGACCCGGGCCAACCAUGGCGGCGCUGCGGCUCCUGGCGUCGGCGCUCGGGCGCUGGGUCCCCGCCCGCGGCUCAGGGCUCGCGCUAUCCCAGGGCUGCGCCCGCCGCUUUACCACCAGUCCCCGGCCCCGCGCCAAGUUCUACACGGACCCGGUGGAGAUGGUGAAGGACAUCUCUGACGGGGCGACCAUCAUGGUCGGGGGCUUCGGGCUCUGCGGGAUCCCCGAGAACCUGAUCGCCGCGCUGCUCAGGACCGGCGUGAAGGACUUGCAGGUGGUCAGCAGCAACGUGGGCGUGGAGGACUUCGGCCUGGGCCUCCUGAUGGCCUCCAGGCAGAUCCGCCGCAUCGUCUGUUCCUACGUGGGUGAGAACACGCUGUGCGAGAGCCAGUACCUGGCAGGAGAGCUGGAGCUGGAGCUCACACCCCAGGGCACCCUGGCUGAGCGCAUCCGCGCGGGGGGCGCCGGGGUACCCGCCUUCUACACCCCCACGGGCUACGGGACCCUGGUCCAGGAAGGGGGCGCCCCCAUCCGCUACACCCCAGACGGCCACCGGGCUAUCAUGAGCCAGCCCCGAGAGGUGAGGGAGUUCCAAGGCGACCACUUCCUUUUGGAGCGCGCCAUCCGGGCGGACUUCGCCCUGGUGAAAGGGUGGAAGGCCGACCGGGCAGGAAACGUGGUCUUCAGGGGGAGCGCCCGCAAUUUCAACGUGCCCAUGUGCAAAGCUGCAGACGUCACGGCGGUGGAGGUGGAAGAGAUCGUGGACGUGGGGACUUUUCCCCCAGAAGACAUCCACGUUCCAAACAUUUAUGUAGAUCGUGUGAUAAAGGGGCAGAAAUACGAGAAACGGAUUGAGCGCUUGACGAUCCGGAAAGAGGAAGAUGGAGACGCCAAAAUCAAAGAGGACGCCAGGACGCGCAUCAUCAGACGCGCAGCUCUGGAAUUUGAGGACGGCAUGUACGCCAAUCUGGGCAUAGGCAUCCCCCUGAUGGCCAGCAACUUCAUCAGCCCCAGCAUGACCGUGCAUCUUCACAGCGAGAACGGGAUCCUGGGCCUGGGCCCGUUUCCCACGGAAGAUGAGGUGGAUGCCGACGUCAUCAAUGCAGGCAAACAGACCGUCACGGUGCUUCCCGGGGGCUGCUUCUUCGCCAGCGACGACUCCUUCGCCAUGAUCCGAGGGGGACACCUCCACCUAACCAUGCUCGGAGCCAUGCAGGUUUCCAGAUACGGCGACCUGGCAAACUGGAUGAUCCCUGGCAAGAAGGUGAAAGGCAUGGGCGGUGCCAUGGACUUGGUGUCCAGUCCGAAGACCAGAGUGGUGGUCACCAUGGAGCACUGCACAAAGGACAACAUCCCUAAGAUCAUGGAGAAAUGCACCAUGCCACUGACCGGGAAGCAGUGCGUGGACCGCAUCAUCACUGAGAAGGCCGUGUUUGACGUGCACAGGAAGAGAGGGUUGACGCUGACGGAGCUCUGGGAGGGCCUGACCGUGGACGACGUCAAAAAGAGCACGGGGUGUGCCUUUGCUGUGUGCCCGAACCUCAGGCCCAUGCAGCAGGUGGCACCCUGAUGGGACCCAGAUCUGGGGGGGGGGUGCACUCCUCAGGGGGUCCCACCGGGUUCCUCAGGGGACGUCGGUUACCGCAGGAAUGCAUUUACCCAGCGCUGGGAGGUGUUUGCUGCUGGCCUCCAACUUUCCUCCCUAGGUGGACUGUGCUCCUCCAGAGAGCUGCGACUUUAAUUAAAAACAACAGGAAAACAGAUCAGCUCCUUACUGUGUUCCUCGAGCACAGCAAGGCGCAGGUCUGCAGUGGUGAGGAAUGGGUGUCCGCUUUGCUCUGUGAUGUUUACACAGAGCGUGCACAGCACGAGCGCAUAAACAGCAGGAUUUCAUUCAAGCGCCUCCCUGGUACUCGAACCAUGAAAUGGGGAUAAAAACUGAUGAGGGAGAAAAUCACUCCACCCAGAGUACACCUAAAGAGCCAUUUUACUACUGCAGUGAGAAAUAGGCGAGCAAAGAUACAGAAUUUCGCUGAUAUUUCUUCUGGGGCCUUUCUUGUUAGAAUUUGUUUCCAUGAAGCCUCCCCUCCUCCUCCCACAUCUCUCCUCCUGGGACCUAUCAGAUGUCAAACUUCUAGAUGUCUCUAGAAGGAAAGCAGGACCAUCUCCAAGGGAAGGGACCGGGUGAUGGGAGAGACUGAGAGGGGAGAGGCUGCGGGUGCUGAAAUCCACCAGGAAGCUUCCUCUAUCUGUGUGUGGCCAAAGGCUACAGCCUAGGACAGGAGGAGUUCUAGAACCCUAACCAAGGGACUAGAUGAGUUUUCUCAACUUCAUUUGAAUUGUUCCUGCGUCAUCCAGACCAGACAUUUAGGCCUUCCUCUCUGGGAUGGAGGCCCAAACUGGCCGCUUGUGUGAUGAACCGUUGUAACCCAAGAGGCUGUGAGGCAUUUCCUCCUGAAUCUAUAGUCUGAAAAACUAAAAUUAAGAAAAGA